AUGUCGACAGCGACGCUGACGACAACGCCGCUGCCAACAGCGACACAAGCCAAGCGUGGCUCAGAAAACAUGUUUAGUUUCCUGCAGACAACACGCCAGUCGACAACUGCACCGCUAAGCAGGACUUACACAUUUCUAGUCACCAUACCAAAUCAGUGCUGCAUAUCUGCGUAUAAGAAAAUGAUACCCAACACAGAGAGUAUAGCCAUAGCCACUGCUCAGGACAGCUUUGGCUCGAGCAGCACAACCUGCUGCGAGGAAAGCCGCUGUAAUCAGCUCCAGACAGCAUCCCAUGUAUAUCGUAGAAUAGUGGAACGUAUGCAGAAGCAGCACACUCAAAGCUUUGACCCUAAUCCGUGCGAAGAAAUAUUGAAACAGAUUUGGAUUGCUAGCUUUACAGGCGGCAAUAUAUAUUAUCGUGCGUAGCCCCAAAAAAAAACAGAUCAGCAAUCGAACUUCAAGUUAUUUAUCAAGAAUGUUUUC